UAGCAGUAGGCCCCCAUCAUUCUUGACACCAACCUUCCUCUCCAUUCAACAUCGACCUACGAUUGACGAUUUAUUUCAAUUUCUACGCCCCUCAACGUGAAACUAGUCGACAGUCUCUACUAACCACCACAUCGAAUUCAUCUUGAAACCCAACAUCGAACACCGAGAAAGACAACGAAAACAACAGUGAUAUCAUACCCUCACCCAACUCAACACCUCCCUUCCUCCAACACCCACCAACAACCAAACAACCAAACGAACACAACCAAAAGAAGAUAAACUACAAAAAUGGGCAGCAUCUGCUCCAAAUCCAGCAACCAGUCCACCGAAGCCUUCUCCCGCCCCGGUCGGCCCCUCGGCGCCAGCGCAACAGGUCCCAAAUCAUCCGCGCCGCGCGCCCCGCUCCCCAAGUCCGCCUCCAAUUUCGCCUCACCUGGUCGUACCUUAGGCGGGGAGUCUAGCUCGAAACCAGCAGCUCCUCGGGUAGGAACACAAACGCAGACACAACCACGGGCACAGACACAGACGCAGACGCAGCAGGGAGCGGGGGUGGGGGUGGGUGAUGCGACGGCUGCGGCGCCUGUGGCGGAUCCGCGGGCGAACGCUGCUAUUGCAGCGCAGAAACGAGCCGAGUCCGCCUCCGCAGCGAGUGCAAAAGGCAAACUAGGGACGAAGCUAGCGGCGCAGAAGGCGCAGACACAAUCGCAGACGUUGAAUGAGGUUAGUCGGGAGGAGAGGGCUGCUAGGGAUGCGGAUGAUGCGGCUGCUGCGAGGGCUUGGACUUGAUUGUCCUUUACUGUACUGUACAAGGUGUUGUCAUGAUUGUUAUGUUUUUUUAGGGAGGGUGAGGGGAGAGGGUGUGUAUGAGUGAGGGCUGGUUUAUUGUUGUUGUUGUUGUUGUUUAAAGCGAUUAAUACCUUUUGUUUGUUUUAUACAUUUAUAUGUUUGGAGGGAAGGCGAGCUGCUACUAUACCCUACUUUGUUCAAUCAUCUCCCACGUGGGUAUUGCAUUUCGCACGAAUCCCAA